GGAUGUUCAAGCCAAGAAAUAAAUGUUAAGGACCAUUUGCGCCGAAUUCCGUAAUUAAAACGUUUAGGGUUUUAAGAUAAAUGUAAAUUGUGCUGUAUAUAAAGGGGUCAGAGAUAGAGAUAUUUGUCAGUUCUCUCGUCUAUGUGGCCAUUAUGCAGUGGCCACACUUUGCAACCCCCUUCUCAACACUUGAACAAUAAGCCUGUUUUUUCUUCAAUUUUGCUCGAUAAUGGAAAAUUGUGCAGGUUUGACUUCUCGAUAUACAGUUCUAAGUCCAUUUUCAACAGGUUCAGGGUCAGAGCUGUGAAGGAAAAAACAGAGCAGAUCAAGAAUAAUUCUGCUGCAGAGGAAAUUACAUAGAAUUAUGGACUUGAAGCUGGUCUUUGGAAGCAAUAUGCAGAUAUUCUACACAAACGGGCAAGGUAAUGAAGAAAAGCAAGAAAGUAAGUCAAAGAGAGGCCAAGCUAUGGAGCUUCUAGCACAAUAUGGAGGAGCAUAUUUAGUCACUUCCAUUACUCUAUCCUUGAUAUCUUUUGGGCUAUGUUAUGCUCUAAUUUCAGCUGGUGUGGAUGUACAAACUUUGCUUGAAAAGAUUGGAAUUUCGACCAAUGAAACUGGAGAAAAGGGUUGAACUUUUGCAUAGACCUUUGCUGACCACAAGGCUGCUUCUCCUCCUGCUGUAGCUCUUACGCAUAUUGUUGCUGGUUGGAUUGGAAAGAAAGUUGAAAGAGAAUUGAGAGGGACCAAUUCACAUUCACACAAAGAAACUCUGCGGGAAGUUUAUCGAUGGCUUCAACAUUGGCUAGAAGGCUGCAAGGCAAGGUUGCUCUAAUCACCGGUGCUGCUACUGGAAUCGGCGAGUCAACUGCCAGAUUGUUCGCCAAACAUGGUGCUAAAGUUCUGGUUGCAGACGUUAACGAUGAAUUGGGAGAGAAGGUAUGCAAGGAAUUGGGACCAUCAUCAGCCUCUUAUGUUCAUUGUGAUGUAACUAAAGAAUCCGAUGUAGAAACUGCAGUUGACACAGCUGUUUCCAAAUUUGGGAAAUUAGAUAUUCUGCACAAUAAUGCUGGAAUUGGGGGGAUCCCAAAUCCGAGCAUUCUUGAAAUCUCAAAAUCAGAAUUCGAAAAGAUUAUCAACGUAAACCUCGUAGGUGCGUUCUUGGGCGCUAAACAUGCUGCCCGGGUAAUGAUCCCGAAUCGUCGUGGGAACAUUAUCACGACGGCGAGUACUUGUUCGAAAAUAGGCGGUGGUUCUUCGCACAAUUACGUUUCUUCAAAACAUGGGGUGGUGGGACUCACAAAGAAUAUGGCUGUGGAGCUUGGAAAGUAUGGGAUUCGCGUAAACUGCGUGUCACCACACGUAGUUCCUACUCGUCAAUCAAAGGAAUUCUACAAAAUGGAUGAUGAGGGAUGCCGGGGUGUAUAUUCCAUCCUCAAAGGUGUUUAUCUUCAGCCCGAGGAUGUGGCUGAAGCUGUUUUGUUCUUGGCGAGCGAUGAGUCCAAGUGCGUUCAUGGACACAACCUUUUUGUUGAUGGAGGCAUCACAAUUGCAAAUUCAAAAUUUUCCAUGUUUGAUUAAGAUCCGAAAUAUUUCCUAGAUAUGUUUUUCCCAUUCAAUUCUCAUGUUCAAUAAAGGGUUCGUGGAGGAUUGCAAGAAAUUCUCCUGUUUCUCUUAACUUCAAUAAAUAUUGAUUUUUUUAGAUAAUGUCCUUAGUAAAUUGUAGUUCUUUCGAAUAUGUUGUAUCAACCUUUUUGUGGCU